AACUGUCAAUUCAAUAUCAUCAUGGCGUAUUAGACUUUUUCACGGGCGGUUGUGUUUUGCUAUGUUUUGUAUAGUGAUUAUUUGAGUGAAUUUUCGUAUGUGAUUAUUAAUAUGAUAUCGUCGAUUAUCUCUCGACUGGUCAUAUUGGUAUUCGGGACCCUCUACCCGGCAUAUGCAUCAUAUAAAGCUGUCCGUACGAAGGAUAUGAAAGAAUAUGUAAAAUGGAUGAUGUAUUGGAUAGUAUUCGCUUUUUUCACAUGCACGGAGACGUUCACGGACGUGUUUCUGUCAUGGUUCCCCUUCUACUACGAGGUGAAGAUAGUGCUUGUACUGUGGCUGCUGUCUCCGGCCACCAAGGGGUCUUCCAUACUCUACAGGAAAUUCGUACACCCCGCGUUAUGCAGGCGAGAACAGGAAAUAGAUGAGUACAUAGCGAAGGCCAAAGACCAGGGCUACCAUACAGUGCUCAAUUUGGGCACGAAGGGCGUCAACUAUGCCACAACCGUUAUUAUGCAGACUGCCAUAAAAGGCGGUGGAGGGUUGGUUCAGCAACUGCGCAAGAGUUACAGCCUGUCCGACCUGACGGAAUGCGAGCCGCGUGAGGAGAGAGGCAGCGAUGAAGCCGACGAUGUUCUCACCGAGCCCAGGCUUAUACGACGAGGUGGUAAAAGUGGAUUCUCCACCCGCCGCAGCGCUUCGGAGUCGAACAGCCGUUCGCCGAUGUACUUUCCCGAGGUCGAUGUUGAUGUUAGACCUCGUGCUAGGACCGAUGAACCCGAUUUCAGUCACAUAAAAUCAUCAGAAGACAUAAGCUCUGGGUACUCGAGCGCGGACAACAGCGCCUCCCUCACACGCACGGCGUCGCUGGGCGCCGGCGCCCGCGCUCGCGGUCGGUCUUCUCGCACCACCGUCACCACCAUCAAACGACCACAAGCUGCCGAGGGAAGUCAAGUUAUCAUCGAGGAGCUACAAGACGACGAUAGUUUUGACUAUGCGAAUAUGCCCGCUCUUAUUAAUUCCCCGUCUCCCAUGUUCUUAUCCCAUACGCAACCCCCUUUUAUAUACCAGUAUGUUGGGGACCAAGUAAAGAUCCUACAAGUAUUAGGUAAUUUCCCCUUCAAUACAAGUGUUAGUAAUCAAAUCGAUAACAGUACAGAUCACCGGGACCAAAAAGAAGUUACUUCUGAAGAAAGUUCAAUAAUUAGUUCUGUAGACAAAGAUAAAGAAGGCAAAACAGAUGUCUCUAUAUCUAAAACAGAAGCUAUUAAAAUUAAAGAAAGCGAUGUUGUGUCAGACAUUCCUGUUGAAAAUCAACAAAAAGACAAUAAAGAUGACCAAUCUAGUGCAAAAAAUGAAGAUAUACCUUUUGAGACUGCUCUGGAUGAUAUAGCUAAAGAACCUGUGGUCACAAAAGAACCGGUAACAUUUAUUUUAGAUACCGAUACCACGAGCCUUGAUACCUCAAUAAACGAUAACGAUUCUGCCGAGAGCGAUGACGAAGCAUCUUUUGGUACGCCAGAAGAUUCUCCUAAAAGUAAAAGAAAAUCACCUAAGGGUAAAUACGGUAAGGGCAAGGCGCCGCCGCCGCCGCCCAAAGAUGAUACAGGGGAGCUUACAUUAGAUGACAAUAAUAAAUCUGAAACAGAUCCUUCACUGAAAAGUACAACGUCCCACGAAAGUUUAAAUGAAAUCGUUAAUAAGCUACCUAAUAAUAGUUUCAAUGAAACAGGAACAGUGAAAGGUCUACAAGUUGUUAAUCCUAUUGCCGAAAAUAAAAAGCGACAUAAAUCUAAAUCGCCUGCCCGAAUCCCUAAAGGAAACACUUCAGGUUUGGGGAAACUGUUACAGUUGCCUGGAAAGCUUGCUUUUUGGCACAAAGCUGAAGACAAGCCAAAGUCAGAUGAUACUUCUACCUCAUCCGAUGAUCGCAGUAGAAGAUCAUCUACAAUUGAAAAGGCUGCAGACGACUUUCAAAGUUGUACUGACCUAAACACUCUCGCCACUGACGAGAUAAAGGGACAAGAUAACAAUGUAACUCAAGUAGAAAAAGCAGAUGAUCAAAUCAGUUUUAAAGAUGCUGAUUUAGGUGAUGAAGAUAUUUCUAAAGAGAUAAUUGAUAAGAGUGACGCUUUACAGAAGCUCAUUGAAGCUAAAAUAGCUGGUCAUCCUGAAUAUAAAUACAUAUCGUUACAUGAUGAACCUUCUACGUCAAAAUCUACUGAUGUGUAGGAAGGUCCUAAAUCCCAAGCCCGCUUUCACUUGCAGCUGAAGUUAGGGAACACAGCAAUGCUGACGGCCUCUGCUACCAUU